AUGGUUGAGACCGGUGCUGGAGAGAACGGGCUGAGAAGUGGGAAGCGGCGGCGGCGGCCGGGGCUGCAGUUUCGCAGGGCUGCUAGCUCGCAAGGAGGCGCGGCUGGAGCGGUGGGGCCGGUGCCACCGACAACCGAGAAGACGCAGGGAACCGGGACCGCGCACAGGAGGAAACGCGGCGGCCGCCCAAGCUGUCACCUCCAGCCUCUCCCCUCUCGGCCGCCGCCGCCGGCAGCCGGAGCUGGACUCACUGACAAGCCCGGCAGGGCUGCGGAGGCGGCAGAGGGACCGGCGAGGGGCGGGUGGGAAGCAGGGGGCGGGAGGAGGAAAGCAGAGUCGGCGGUGCAGGAGCAGUGCGGUGAGGACCGCGCGCUCUGGAAGGUGGAGGGCCGAAGGCAGAAAACCGAGUGCCGCACGAGGCUGUGGCCGCAGCCGGUGGGUGGGUGCGCGCGGGCGCAGGCGGGCGCCGAGGCCGAGGUCUGUUCCUCCUCCUCCAGGCGGGUCCAGGGCGCGGCCGCCUCGCGCAGCCCCGAGGCGCACUGGUCCCGGCGCGGAGGCGGCAGCGACCGGGCAGGCGCUGGUUGCCUUGUCUCCGGGCGGAGGCGCAGACCGACGCGCAGGAGGCAACCUCAGCUGCCUCGGCUCCCGGUUCUACUAACUGCGGGGAAUACUUUCGACUUUGGAGAGAUAGGAGGGCUAUCGCCUCCCCCACCCACCGCCUCCGCCCACCACCCACCGCCUCCUCCCCUCCGAGCAACUUUCCCGGAGCCUGCGAGCUCCCCCUCCGCGCCGAGCGGGCCGGCGGGGCCGGCGGGGCCCGCCGCGCCACCGCACGCGCCGGGGAGGCCACUUCACCCUCAAAGCCAGCACAGCCGUGGGUCCAGAACAAAAGACCGAGUGUCCCGAAUGGCAGGAGUACCAGCACUGCCCUCCGGGCUCCGGGUGGCACAGGAGAGGGGGCUGCGUAGGGGCCGCAGGACGGGGGCCAUCCCUGGAUGAUGUCCCUGGAGCGCUCGCUGCGCCGGUAGCAUCUCGAGCUGAGCUGUCCGGGCCGCCUGGAGGCCGUGACGCGGAGGCAGCGAGGGCGGUGGGACUGCCUGUCCUCUGGCUGAGGGGCUGAGACUCUUGGAACCCCAAAAGACCUGGGCUGCGAGCGCGGGCGAGCUGUACGAUGAGGGCUCGGUUUCCCCGUCCUAGGCGAGGCCGCGCGGGGGCUUCCCCAGCAGGUCCCGCGAAGCCGUAACUGAGCCACAAACUUUUGCUGACUCCCGCGGCCGCAGUCGCCCGCAGCCCCGCUCCGGCCGUGGCGCUCAUUUAAGGUGGCGCGGGUACUAGCAGGGCGGACCAGGCUCCGGCCGCGCUAUUGUCCCCUAAGGUACCGUUUGGUCCCGGGACCUCCUUAAAGAAAAGCACGUGGGAAGGGGCCGCAUCCCCCGCGAGAUGCCUGGAGCCCCGGCUGACACUCUCGGUCCUGACCUGGGACUGGUAAAUGUGGAAGCGUCCCCUCCCGCCUUGAGGCUGAUGAAGCCUUCUCAGCUGGUGGCACCUCUGACCCUCUCGCACACUUUGGCUCUCCUUCCUAAGCCCUGGACCCCAAGAACUCCCUACCACUUCACUGCCUGAGCCACCGGGUCCCCCUUAAGAAGCGUUGGCUGUACGGCGGCGCCAGAGGGCCAAACUAAAUUCGAUUUCGGGAAACGCGCUUGGGGGGCAAUUCUGCAAAUCGUUGUUGGUUGCACUGACAGAGGAAAGCCGCGUCCACCUAGUGUGCCCCAAGCAAAGCCGGCGUCCACUCGCCGCACCUACCCAAUGGGCUGAGUGCCCGCUGCCAUCCCGUCAAAAACAGGGACCUGGGAGGCGGGGGAGCCUCAGGAAGAGAAAGGGUACCAGAAGCGAAACCUGCCCCCGGCCUAAGUCUCAGCGCCCAGAUCCUGGAGAACCCCGCACCCAGGCACCGCCCACCAAGUUCCAAAAGAGCCGGAGGCGACCGGGGAGGCGAUCCGACCUAGCCAAGAAAGAAAACCAGCAGAAUAGUAAAGCUUCACAGAGCCACCCUGGGAGUUUUAGGCUGCGUGUUUUUUUCCGUGUUUUUUACUCCCCAAGCUUCUUGCCCCCUCCUCCCCAAACGAACGGGUGAGAGAAAAUGCAGUUCGAAGUCUGUGAGAACAAAGUGGCUCAAGUAAACCAACUCGUGGUGGUAGCUAAAAGAUUUUUGGCUGCAAGGAAACAAACUAAUCCUCCUCCGGAUCAAUGUCCAGGAACUUAGAAGAAAGAAUUGGUGAUAUUAGGACUUCAGUACUUCUGGAAAAAAAUGCAAAUGAUUUAGCCAGGAUCUUUCCUGUCUGAUUCGUCACUAUUAUUAUAUAUGA